CAAAAGCUAUUUUUCAAAACCCAAAAUCAAGAACAACAUAAACUCAGCAAACCUAUUUUUUUUCAAAACCCUAAAAAACGAAAUAGAAGAAGGAGGCUUAUCUGGAGACGGGAGGCAUCAUCGUCGGCAGCUUCAUCUUCUUCUCUUUCCAACAAAUCGACCACUCACCCUCCACCACCACAACUCAACGAUAUCACCCUUCUUCACCUCCGAUUAAAUCCAUUCUACCGGACCACCACCUUUCGUUUCUUCUUCCGCCGUCACAAACCCUUGCGUCCCCAAUUUCCAUCUCUUCCGGCACAAAACCUAAUCCAGAUGCAGAUCUUCGUCAAAACCCUGACGGGGAAAACCAUCACCCUCGAGGUCGAGUCUUCCGACACCAUCGACAAUGUCAAAGCAAAGAUCCAAGAUAAGGAAGGAAUCCCACCGGACCAACAACGACUGAUCUUCGCCGGCAAACAGCUAGAAGACGCCCGCACUCUUGUUGACUACAACAUCAAGAAGGAAUCCACACUCCACCUUGUUCUCCGUCUCCCUGGUGGAGCCGAGAAGCGUAAGAAGAAGACCUACACCAAGCCGAAGAAGAUUAAGCACAAGCAUAGGAAGGUGAAGCUAGCUAUUCUUCAGUUUUACAAGGUCGCUCAUUCUGGGGAAAUUUUGAAGUUGUUAGCGAGUUUUAGUGCAGAUCCGAAAGCAAAUUGAAAAAGGAGAAAAAGAGAAGCAAAAGAGAAAGAUUCUACCCAUUAUACCUAGAUGGCGUUCUCCAUGUGUAUAUGGCGUUCGAUAUUGGCCUUCCUGCCACGUCAUUUAAUUAUCAAGGCAAUGGCGUUCGCCAUUAUCAUGGAGAAGCAGUUCUGCGCUAGUGGGCAGUUUUGUGCAGUUUUAUCCAACCUAUUUUCUCUCCACUUUGCUUG